AUGACGAGAAUCAACCCCGACAACGCCGACGAUAGCGGAUAUUAUUUGCCUCACCACGGCGUAAUAAAGGCAUCGAGUGAAACGACUAAGCUCCGUGUCGUGUUCGACGGAUCGGCAACGACCAGCACCGGAGUGUCAUUAAACGAUGCACUCUACACAGGACCCAAGCUACAGGAGGAGCUAGUCGAUAUCCUUCUCAGAUUCCGCCUAUAUCAAUAUGUCCUCACUGGGGACAUCGAGAAGAUGUACAGGCAGUUCCUAGUGCGACCAGAGGACCGACGAUAUCAAAAAAUCGUUUGGCGUAACGAGAAUGGGGAAAUCGAAGCCUACCAGCUCAACACCGUCACAUUCGGGUUAUCGGCAGCGCCAUAUCUGGCCCUACGGUGUCUCAAGCAGUUGGCAGACGACGAAGGACAUCGAUUUCCACGAGCAUCAUCGGCCUUGCAGCGAGACUUCUACGUCGAUGACGCCCUCACCGGAGCAGACACGAAGGAAGAGGUAUUGUCCCUCAGAAAGGAACUUACCGAACUUCUCCAAUCAGCCGGCUUAACCAUUCGGAAGUGGGCUUCCAACGAUCAGAGCAUACUCCAAGGGCUAUCCGAUCAAGACACAAGUCGGAGGUUACAAUUAGGUGAGUCUCAAACCCUAAAAACCCUCGGCAUAUUUUGGGAUUCCAGGGAGGAUGCGAUACUGUACUCGGUUGAAGCCAACGCCAACAUCGCUAGGGUCACAAAGCGAUCCAUCAGCUCGGUGAUCGCCAGGAUCUACGACCCACUAGGAUUGCUCGCGCCAGUAAUCGUUCGAGCGAAGAUUCUACUUCAACGAGUCUGGUCAUUAAAGGUCGACUGGGAUGAGUCCCUCCCAGCGGACUUGCAUUCCGAGUGGGACCGAUAUUAUGCUCAGCUGCCAUUGCUCAAUGAGAUUCGGUUCCCACGCAAGACCAUUAUAAAGGCAGCUAUUGAGAUCGAGCUCCACGGCUUCUGCGACGCUAGCGAAAAGGCGUACGGAGCCUGUGUCUAUCUAAGAUCUCUCGAUCCGCACGGACGCAUCCAGACGUGCUUACUCACGGCGAAGUCGAAGGUAGCUCCGCUCAAAUCGCAGACCAUUCCACGCCUUGAGCUGAGCGGCGCCCUUCUACUUACAUCGCUAAUUACAAGCACCCAACAAGCAUUACAAGUUGAAAUAACUCGCAAGGUUUACUGGACGGACUCCACGAUUGUUCUCCACUGGAUCAACGCGUCUCCACAUACCAUGAAGACCUUCGUCGCAAAUCGAGUCGCGGAGAUCCAGAACAAAACAAGCAUCACCGAUUGGCGUCAUGUCCCCACCAGUGACAAUCCUGCGGACCUCAUCUCUCGGGGACAAUCACCCGAAGACUUCCGGCAACCUACCAUUUGGCAAACUGGACCGCGAUGGCUGCAGCAAUCAGAAGAAUAUUGGCCUACGUGGAGUCUAACACCUCUGGCCAACUUACCAGAAAGGAAAGCAGCAACUUGCCUCGCCACAGCUCCUGUCAACAACAGUCUAUUAGACAGGUUUUCAUCAUGGCCAAGAACUACAGGCUUCCCACGAUACACUCAUCAAAGUUUUACAACACAUCCACUUCUCAGAUGA